UAUAGCACUAGUAUUCCUCGGUGCGUGUGCUGCUGCGUCGAGUGUUUUUGCCAUCGCUCCGUGACACACGUUCAUCCUUCUCGGGGGAUCUGGUCCAGUCUCAGUCUUAGUGAUCGUAGCUCUAGUUCUAGUCGUAGCAGUAGUAUAAGUACGGUACAGCAGCAGUCGCCGUCAGUUCCUUCUUAGAUAAUUAUUGAAUUAUUAGUCGAAUAAGUCGAUCGAUUGGUAAAUCGCUCGCUCGGGUCGUACGAUGUCAUCGUCGUUGCUCCGUCCUGGCCGUCGUUGCUGCUCUCGUCGCCUCUAUCGUCGCUGCCACUACUUUGCACCGAGCGACCGCUGCAGGGCCCACCUGGUCAGCGCAGUCGUCUUCGUCGUCGGCUAAUUAUCCAGCAGCUGCACCGCAUCGAGCACAUGGAAUAUGAGAUCAGAAUGCGAGGAGACGGAAGCAGAAGCAACAGCGCCAGUAGCAGCAGCAGCAACAGUAGCAGCAGCGGCGAGGGCUCGGCCUGCAGCCUCAUGAGUGCCGGUAAUUGGCUCGAGACGCUCUACGGGCAGCACAUGGCCGCGGCGGCGGCCUAUCAGUUUCCGGGCAGUGCGGCUCUGCUCUUGGGCCAGCUGCGAUCGGCGGCGAGCACGAUCGGCAGCGGUGGCGGCGCGCCCGAGCCCAUGGCCUGGAAGUCCGAGCCGCCGGACGAGGACCUGGACGACGCCGAGGAGACGACUACGACGAGACCCGACAAAGAACAGCUGACGACGACGACGACGACGACGAUAAAGCAGGAACCGAGCGAAGUCAACGUCAAGCUGGAGAACGACGAGGACGAUGGGGCCGACGACGAGACGCCGAUCGACUCUGCCACUGCUGCUGUUGCUGCCGAUAGGACAGAGGACGACAACCCGGACGACGAGGCCAGCGCCGAAAGUUGGAAGGACAAAGGCGUGCCGAACGUCUUGAGCAGUUGGUUCCUCAACGCCUACACGACUAUGCUGGGCAGAUUGUCGUUCGUGGCGGCGGCGGCUUCCUUCGACGAUGCGCUCCUCAACUCGCGCUCGAACCUCACCUCGGACAGUCGCAGCGGCUCCGAAAGCGGCCACUCGUCCUACCUCGAUGCUUUGCACCGAUCGAGGGAGAGCAGCCCGAGCAACAGCAGCAGCGCCAAGCGAAAAACGAACGCGAAAUCGGGCAAAGUCGCCUCGCGGCGCCGAAAAAAAGCCACCGUCAAUGCGGACGGGAAAUUGCGAUCGCUCGAUGGAAAGAGUCCCGCUGCUUCUUUAUCCGAGGGCAAGAAACGAACUCUGGCACUGCAGCGAGUUCGAUACGAAAGAGAGGAGUACCGAUGCUACCUGUGCCCGUACGCGUGCACCAUCGAGAAGGCCUUCCAGCGACACCUGCGCGCCCACGCUCGAGGAACCGCCGACGCCGGUCAGAUGCCGCGGCUCAGCUGUGCCGUCUGCGGCGCCGACAGAUCGUCCGAGCUCGAUCUCAGCAAGCACAUGCGCCGCCACCGGGACAACCGCUACUUUUGCUGCGACAUAUGCAUAUUUCGCACCGUGCAGCUGAAAAAAUUGAUUCAGCACCGGCGCAUGCACACCGGCGAGAAGCCACAUCUGUGUCCACAUUGCGCCUACAGAAGCGCCCGCAGGGACAAUUUGCGCAGCCACGUCCGUCGGGUCCACAAGAAGGAGAAUCUUUUUUGCGACACUUUCAGCCCGCGUGGCAUGUUCAACAUUUCGAAGCUCGCGAGCCUCGCGGACGAGAGCAACGACGAAAACGACGACGACGACGAACGAGACGCGGACGAUAAUCCGAACAACGACGGCAACGAACUCGACGUUGCGGACGAGCGCGACAAUUACGUGGACGACGACAACAGCGACGGCAACAACGACCACGAAACCAACGAACGCAUCGACGGCGACAACGAGACCAGUGAACGAAUCGCUGGCGUCGACCCCGACACGACCAUGCAGCUGCAGGAAGAUCCGCCUGAAACUUCGACGGUAACUUAAGAUUGCAGUAUUGGUAUCUCGCACCCGCUUACCAAGGAUCCUGCUAUUGACCGCACGUCGAGCAUUAACGUAAAUAUUAAAGUUGUAUAUUGUUAAUUAAAUCGUUGUUUUUCCUUGAGCAUUCUCGUAUGCCAUUGUACGCAUUUGUUAAAGCUGCAAAGAAGUCAAUAUGUGAUGUAAAAAUUCGUAAGCUUAUUCCGUCGAUUAAAUUAAAUGGAAAUUUUUGAAAAUAACUGAAUCGGAGACUGAAAUGCAAUAAACAAAUGACCGACGAAGUACAAUUAAUUAGUCAAUAUUCGGCUAAAAAUUGCUUUAAUGGUACUUGGUCAUUUCGGUUUGCAACGAUUCCGAGCUUCGUUCUCGGGGAGCUACCUUAUGCAUUUAUUUGUUUAUUUUUCAAUGAAUUUCCUUCGGUCCUGGUACAUAUGAAGUACUCAUCUGAAGAUAGAUGGAAAUUCGUCUAACCAUCGAAUUAAAUAAUAGCACAAAAGUAUCUUUUUCCAGUGCAAACUUUUGCUCUAAAAAUAUCCCUUAAAAGUUUAUUCUCUCGAAGGUAGAAAGAAUCGAUUCUACAUCUAUAACAAAGAUACAUUUAUUGAUUAAUGUUUGAGAAUAUAAAUAAAUUUUACUAGUCACGAUCGUUAGUUUUUUAUUACGCGACAAUUAUCUGAUGAGUCUAAAAGAAUAAAUACAUUUUAAGAAAUCCCUUACGAUAAUUAAAUGUUAUUUGUACCCAUCCGUCCGAUUGAUGAUUUCCGCUGAAAUAUUUCCAAUCGCACGUGCAAUUGUUGUUAAAGUAUAUUAUUAAUGAACGACUCACGAGAAUAUGUAUAUGCUAUAAUUACUAACACGAUUGAAUAAUGCUAAUGUAAUACGAAUUUUGAUAAUUGAUAUUAAUUGUGAUCGUUGGGUGAUAUAUUAUGCUUCUCUGAGAAACACUUUUAAAAUUACAAUAAAGGUCUAUAUUUUUAAAUAAACAUUAGUUACAGUUUAACUGGAACUUAAUUCACCAAAUUUAUACUAAUAAAAGCAUGAUAAAUAUGCUAUACUAAACUUUCCUUUCGAACCAAGUAAGUUAAGCUUUGAGCUCUAAAACUUUUCAUGUUUCUCAACUGAAAAAUAAAACAAAUAAUGUACCGAUUAUAAAUCACAUUCGUAAGUAUGCGUAAAAGAUUUUUGCACAUAUUAAUAUUAAGCAAAACAUUAAAAGUAACAUUGUGAAAAACUAUUACCUGGUAUCUAUAACUAUACGAUCAAUUAAUUUGAAGUAACUAAGGCCUAAACUAAGUCAUUCCACGUCUGUGAUUUAUUUAUGUGAAAUAUGCCAAUACUUAUUUUAAAAGACUGAAGCACUUUUUAUUUUACAAUUAAGUAAAUAUUGAUGUACAAAUAUCGGUACGAUAUCACUCACAACGAAACCGUUCCACUUCCAGAUCGCAGAUCCUUGACAAAUUUUUUUGUGAUCUCCGGUAAUAAAUAAUGAAUCCCCUUAUGCUUACUCAUAGUGCUUGAGCUUCAUUAGAAAAAUUAUUAUUCUUUUUUGGAACAAUCUUUGCAAUUUUUAACUUGAAAAGAAACGAAUUUAGGAAGGAAAUGUAAAGAACAAUACAAUUUUAAAAUUGAUAAAAAAUUUUGUUUCUUUUCGAAAUAAAAUGUCACAAACAAAUAAUACGGAGCUUCAUUAUUAAUUAUCACGAGAUUUCAAAAUAAUUUGGCUGAGGGUUUGUGACUCAGAGAUGGAAUUGUCUCCUUGUCAGUAUUAUUCGAAAGAAAUUUCACAGAUCAACGGAAAAUUUCAAUACCUGUGAAAGUGAAAGUAUAACUCACAGCAGUUGGGUUGUAAAUUAUUUGCUUACAUAGAUAAAUAAACCAAUACAAAUAUUGAGUUUUUUGAUAACUCACGCUACCUAUAAAAAUUCUACUUGAUGCGAAAAUUUAUUUGAAAAAACCUUUGUAAUUAAUUAAUUUUUAGGAGAGCUAAUGUCUUUUUUUUAUGUUUUUCCAUUUCAUCUUAACGUAAAAUUCAUCUGAAAAUGGCAAAUUUUUGAUGGAAUAUAAUACGAGUUAUUUUCAAGUUUCAAAUAUUACGGUUAACAUUUUGUUCUUAUUAAAAUCAAUUGACAACUCUCUUAACUAUUGACUAAUACUACUACAAACAGUAUCCAUACAUUAAACCAAUAUUUUUCUGUCAAUAUACCAGAACAUUAAGAUAUAAUCUGGACAAAUUACUAUUCUAUAUAUUUAUCUACAUCAAUAUUAUAUUGUUUCUUAUAAAUAAUUCAUACAUGAUAAUAAGUCCUAAAAAGUAUCAGUGGUACUGCGAUUUUAAUCGAACGAAAUACAUCGAUCAGUGUAAAAUAAAAAUAGUUUUAAGGUUUAAAUACAGUCACUACGAAUUAAUGUUCAUCAGUCUAAUGUUUAAUAAUGUGUGUAAUGUGUAAUACAAAAAAUUGUGGUACUUCAUAUUUUUUCAAUAAAUUUAUUUUCUCUUUUUGAAGGAGUACUAAUGCCAAGGUAAAAAUGAGUAUAGAAUAAAAAUUAAGUGUGUGACGUAUCUUUUUAAAAAUGUGAUGAAUAGAAAACUUGAAAAACACCUUUAAAGAUUGACAGAUUUACCUUGGCUUUGGUAUUCCUAUAAUAUUCUAAACCCGAGAAAAUAAUAAGGUAUAUGCAGAGUAAUAUAAUUCAAAGCAAAAUUAGCUUUGACUAAAGCUAAGCAUAAUAAUUCAAAUUUUUAUGAAUAAAUUUUAUAAUAAUUUUAUUUAAUGACAUAAUUUUGAUCCAAAUAAAAUUUAAUUUUUUCUUUGAAUAUAACAUACUAGAUCAGAUCUGUGAAUUGUUCAAAUUCAUUAUUUCAGAUUCGUUACAAAAAAGGAUGUAAACAUACCACCGUGUACAUUAAAUUUUAAACUUUACAAGACUAUAUAUGAAUGUGUGCAACAUAUGUUCACAACGAAAAUAUAUAAUAUUAAAUAUUAAUAUUACUAAACGUUAACAAAAACUUGCCUUUGAACACGUAUGAGUCGAUCAAUCGAUCUCUUACAUAAUAUUUAAGCAUAAUUAUAAAUAUAUAAUGUAACACAAAUUAUAUAUGGAUAUAAUUAUUUAUUAAAUACAUUUAAUAUUCUCAAGUUAUUAAAUUAAACGUGAGAGAUGAAUAUUUCAUUGAAAAGGAAACGCACUAGUUUUGUGUGAUCAAUUUUGCAUAUUUUAUCUGGAAUUUUUGGGUACUUGAAUAGUUCUGGUUUUGAAAAUAAUUUGUUAAUAUUCAAAUAUGUUACGAUGCAAUUCUAGACAAUACAUUUUUGUUUCAUACAGAACGUACCGAUCGUCACAAAAUUUGUCCAAUAUAUACAUAUAAUACAUGAAGUAUAACGAUACCAUUUUUAUGAAACAUGUUCAUACAAAUACAUGUAACGACUUAUACAAUCUGAAUGUGAUAAUAUUUACAAUUUAUAAGAUAUAACAUUCUAUUAUUAUAUUACUAUAUUAUAAAAGUUUCAUGUAUGUAUAUACGUAUACAUAUAAAAUAUAGAAUUAUUAAGAUGGUCGAAGUGGCCAAAUUUUACAAUACAAGUCUCGUUCAAAUUAUAUGUUUUCAACGAUUUUAAGUAUUUAGAGAUUUUAGAAAAUUGUAUUAUUUAUUGAAAAUCGAUAUAGUUGCACAAAAAUAUGAAUCCAUCAAAUUAAAUUCAAUAUUGCAUUUAAACUUUCAAUGUACUACUUUUGAAAUAAA